AUGUUUACAGUGUUUCAGAAGCCCAUCCGUCCUCCUCCUCCGGACCGCCGAUUCGUUCGCUGCACUUGUGACCGCCUAAUCAUGGUUUCGGUCGACAUGACAGAUUUGAUCUGUCCACGCUGUCAUUUAUUAUUGGUGUUACCAGCAGGCCACUUGCAUACCACCGUGAUUUCCAAUCGGCCGCGCAGUGCUCCAGUGAGAGGAGAGUGUGACUUCCUGUGGUCUUCCUCCAAUCAUAGUCAGAACUCAAAAUCUGAAAUGCCGUUUGACGCUGAGGAGAAGGCAACAGUUGAUAAGUUGUCUGGCCAUUCUCACUACAAUGUAGCUGACUGGCUCGCUCGCAUGAAGUCUCUUAGGUUGGCAAAGGAGCGGUCUUCCAUUAAUCACUUUUGGUCGCCUCCGGAUAGGGUGAGGAGCUUCAGUGAUAAGGCGCCAGCUGGAGGUAAGUGGGUGAAUUGGAAUACAAAAAGAAGUGAGGAUCUAUGA